CCGGAAGUGGCGGGGCCGGGCCGGGCGGCGAUGGCGGCCGGCGGCGCGGCACGGGCCGCGCUGCUGCUGCUGCUGGGGGCAGCGGCGGCGCCGGGCCCGGCCCGGGGCUCGCAGGGGGACCGGGAGCCGCUGUACCGGGAGUGCCUGGGCCGCUGCGAGCGGCAGAACUGCUCGGGGGCGGCGCUACGGCACUUCCGCGCCCGCCAGCCGCUCUACAUGGGCCUGACAGGCUGGACCUGCCGCGACGACUGCAAGUACGAGUGCAUGUGGCUGACGGUGCGCCUCUACGUCCAGGGCGGCCACAGGGUGCCCCAGUUCCAUGGAAAGUGGCCCUUCUCCCGGUUCCUGUUCUUCCAGGAGCCGGCCUCCGCCUUCGCCUCCUUCCUCAACGGCCUGGCCAGCUUCAUCAUGCUGCUGCGCUACAAAGCCGCCGUCCCCCCAGCCUCCCCCAUGUACCCAACCUGCGUCGCCUUCGCCUGGGUCUCCUUAAACGCCUGGUUCUGGUCCACCGUUUUCCACACGAGGGACACGGCUGUGACAGAGAAACUGGAUUAUUUCUGCGCUUCGGCCGUCGUCCUGCACUCCGUGUACCUGUGCUGCGUCAGGACGCUGGGGCUGCAGCGGCCAGCCUUAAUCAGCAUCUUCAGGGCCUUCCUCCUUCUCUUCCUCGCCUGCCACAUCUCCUACUUGACCCUCGUCCGCUUCGACUACGGCUACAACAUGGCCGCGAACGCGGCGAUCGGGCUCCUCAACCUGGCGUGGUGGCUGCGGUGGUGCCUGCGGAACCGCCCGCGCCUGCCCCACGUCUGGAAGUGCGCGGCCGUGGUGCUGCUGCUGCAGGCGCUGGCGCUGCUGGAGCUCCUCGACUUCCCCCCCCUCUUCUGGGUGCUGGACGCCCACGCGCUCUGGCACAUCGGCACCAUCCCCCUCAACGUCCUCUUCUACAGUUUCCUGGUGGACGACAGCCUCUACCUCCUGAAGGCCAACUCCGACCUCUUCAAAGCGGACUAGAGCUGCCGGGGGGGGAGCGCGGCCCUUCGCCCCCCCCCGGGGUCCUGCCCUGCCCUGUGCCAAGCGAACCCCCGGCCCCCCCUGGCCACGGGCUCCUUCCCUCGGUUGCCUUCUGAGGUUUGCUUUUCUCUCCAUGCCCCCCCGCCUCCCCCAUCUCCCCUCCCCGGGGUGCAGGGGGGGCCGGGCACCCCCGCUGCCGGUUGCACAGGGGCUGAGGGCAGCUGAGCCCCCCCAUUAGUGCCCCCCCCCCGCCACCGGCUGCCGGUGCUGAGCCAGGGGCCCUCCCUGCCGUGGAGCGCGACAGCCGCGAGGUGGCAAUGGCUGCUGGGGCCACACUGCCGUGGGGGGGGACACACACACACACGUGGGUGGCUUGGUGGGGGGGGGUUCUGUGUGCAUGGUG